AUGAGUCCUGAGUCCCACCCAAGUGGGAAGAAAUUCAACAAAGCUGUGCUGAUCAAAAUCAGCUCACCCAGCCAGGCUGACAAGUCGUGUGACUCGCCCGUGUGCUUUUCCACAUCAACUCCCUUGCCUUUUCGAUCUGCAACCCCUGCUCCCUGCCUCUUUACUCUUCCCUCCAAACAAGACCCUGUUGCUCUUUCAGGAGCCUCUCUGGUGACCGGUCUUGCCUCCCAGUUCAAUGAGAUGAUCCAGAUGAGCACCGUCACCUACAGCCUGGCCAACUUCACCAACUACGGGUGCCACUGUGGGGCAGGGACUCAAGGCUUCCCCGUGGACGCCAUCGACAGGUGCUGCCACAGCCACGACUGCUGCUACAACAAGGCUGAGAUGUUCGGUUGCAGCCCAAGCACCCACUCGUACAGGUUCUACGCCCAGAGGGAUAAAAUUAAAUGUGUCAAGUCGCGGGACCGGUGCGAGAAGCUCGUGUGCGAAUGUGACCAAAAAGCAGCCAGCUGCUUCUGGAAGCAUCUCUUUGCCUAUAACCUCCAGUUCAAGAAUCACCCAGCGGGCAACUGCAAGGCACAGCGGCCAUUUUGUUGA